AUGGAGUUGGCAAGAUUUGCUCUAAACCUAGUUCCUGAUGAAGAGACAAAAACUGAGAGAUUUCAAGAAGGUCUUCACCCACGAAUUAGGGACAGAGUUGCAUGCUUAGAGAUCAAAGAAUCUACCAGGCUGGUAAAUGUUGCUGCCAUUGCGGAAAGGGGUCACCAAGACUAUGUUGCUUCCAGAGAACAAAAGAAACGAUUCAUGCCCCAGGUCACACGUUUUGCAAAAAGGCCUGCAAUUGGUAGUAGCUCAAUACAGAGGGUAGGAAGGAAUGCCCCAGCAAACCAAGGAGGACAAAGACCCCUAUGUUCAAAAUGUGGGAAGAUGCAUAUAGGAGAAUGCAGAUCGGGAACAUGGACUUGCUUUCGAUGUGGACGGGCAUAUCAUUUUGUCAGGGACUGUCCAAUGGUGAGCACAGGAGGGCCUAGGCCGCAAGGAGGCGGUAAUCAACCGAAGACUGGACAGGCUAGAGUGUAUGCACUCACCCCAGGCAAAGCUGAUAAUGAGGCAAAAGAUGCUGAUGUAGUAACAGGUACCAUUCCUUUAUAUGGUAGCCUUGCAUGCACACUAUUUGAUUCGGGUGCAACACAUUCAUUUGUCUCUGCCAUAUAUGCAAAACUCUGUGAUAUGAAUAUUGAACCCUUAAGGCAGAGUAUAACAGUUGCUACACCUGUUGGAGACUCCCUAAUAUGUAGGAAUGUCGUAGAAAAUUGUCCUAUCAUCAUUAAAGGGAGAACUCUAUCAGCGAACAAUCAAAAGAAAGAAAUUACUUUUAGACUAUCCGAUGCUGAAAAGUUCAAGUAUUGUGGAUCACGGGUACGAGCCACACCGCCACUUCUCUCAGCAGUCCAAGUAAGAAGAAGUGUUAGAGAAAGUGAUUGCGUAUAUUUGGCUUAUGUAACGGCUAAGUUAGAAAGUGAAUUGAAAUUAGAGAAUAUUCCAGUAGUAUGUGAGUAUUCUGAUGUCUUUGCAGAAGAGUACUCAGGAUUACCACCUAAUCGGGAGAUCGAGUUCACUAUUGAUUUAGUGCCAAAAACUAAACCAAUUCACAAAGCACCAUAUCGGAUGGCACCGACAGAAUUAAAAGAAUUAAAGGAACAGCUUCAAGAGCUGUUAGACAGGGGUUUUAUCCGUCCAAGUGUGUCACCAUGA